AUGGCUCACUGUUCCAGUUCUCGAUGUUCCAGCCGCGUUCAAAUCAGGCCAAAGGGACUAAGACUCACCUUUGCCGCCUUUGUAUUGUUGGUGCACGCAGCACAUCGUUGGGCUUGGUCAUCCGAUCCCGGUUUCGUAGGUGUGUUUAGCACAUGCAGCAGAGGUAGGCAAAGCUGCCUCACUGCGCAUGCGUGGCGAGAGGAGGAUGCCGAUGGCAAUAUCAGCAGCAUGGACUGGGAUGAGGAGUUAAGAAAGGCAACCGGGCUGCUCCAAAGGAAAUUGGAGGAGGAAGAUCCAUUUGCAACAGUGGCGCCACGAGUAUCUCCACUAGGUCAUGACUGGACGGUGGAGAGGGUGGAGUUACAAGAUGGGAUGCCGCCAGUGGGCACAGUCCUUUUGGCAGAUCCCCGCAGCUUUCUGGAGUCCACAGAUGAGCCGCCUGCUGCCGCGCGCACCGGGCUGUUGCCAUCGACGGAGACAUCUCGACGAGAGAAAGCACGGCUUCCUGUUGUCCUGGUAACUCGACAUCGCUUUGACAGCAUAGAGGGCGUUCUGCUGGGCAGCUGGAGUGGGAAGCUGCUGGGCGACAUGGGCGUUCAGAAUUUCAUGACCCGCCCUCUGUACAUCGGCGGUGUCAAUCGGAGUGGACUUUCGAUGUUGCACGCGUACCCGGACAUGCCAGGAUCCUUCAAGCUGACUGAGGAGGGUCUGUCAGCCAGGUCGGCAGGACGGGUGCAGCGGCGGGCCCAGCAGAAUCCCUACGACGUUUUGGGCCUGGGCCGCACAGCGGGCUACGACGAUAUUCGGGCGGCUUUCCGUCGGCUGGCCAGGAAGUAUCAUCCAGAUGUCCCAGACACUGGCGACGAUGACCGGUUCCGAGACAUCCGGGAGGCGCUGGAAGAGCUGGGGACUCCGGAAGGCCGGACUCGAUGGGCCAGGCCGAGCCAAGCCCAAAGUUCUUACAGCUCUUAUCCCAGGACUGAUCCGUUUGAGAAGUCCUGGAAGCAAGAAACCAGAAGGCGUUGGCAGGAGCAGGAGCGUGCGAGAGAGCAAGAGAGGAGGUGGCAGAAGCAGAGGCAACAGCAAGAGAAAGAGGAGGCCAAGAAGGCCCGGGCUGCAGCCGCGCAAGACACAUUCUUCUCCAAAGAGCUCAAGAAGGCAGUUGCACAUGCUCAACAGCGACAGGCCGCUCGUCGCAUGGAGUGGAAAGCUCGAAUGAAGGAGGCUGCUCACAAGCUGCGAGAGAAGCUGAAGAAGGAGAUGUCAGCUGGCUGGAAUAUCAUCAAUGACUUUGAGCAGCAGCGAGGUGAAGAGAUGAGGAAGCAGGUGGACACGUGGAGUGUGAACCUCGAGUCUGAGAAAGAGGCGGCGGUGGCGCGCCGAGCUGAGGAUGGCAAGCGUUGGGUCGAGAAGUUUGCUGAGGUUCAGCGCAAGGCGUCGCAUCGUCAGGAGGAAAUUGGCAAACUAUAUGCUGACCGACUCCGAGCCUUUCGAGAAGAAUUCCAGCAAUCUCGGCAGGCUUCUUCGCCGGAGCGGAUGGAGAAGAUCAAGAAGGACAUUGAAGACAUUCUCGACAUACAGGAGGAGCGCACCUCAUCUCGAAUGACGGAGAGCUACAGCAGCAUGAUGGCAAGCUUACAAAGGUCCAUGACGGGGGAGCCGAAGAUUUGGAAGGACACCUUCAGGCAGGCACUGAUGCGGUUUGCAAAAGGGGGGAACUUUGUGGUCAACAAGAAGUGGCAGCAGCAGUUCCAAGAGACCAUGCGGAAGAUGGGGGAGAAGGAAAUGGACGAGGUCUCGCAGUGGAUCAAAGACUUCAACAGCGUCCAGAAGAAGGAGUCAAAGAGCAGGACCAAGCUUGCACAGGCUGGCCAGAGACUGAAGAAGAAUGUGGUUGACCGUCGUGCCUACGAGAAGAUUCUGCGAAAGAUUGAUGGCUGCCACAAGGCGGAGAUGAAGCGGCUCCAGUGGCAGGCUUGGGAUCGACGACAGUGGCUGAAGAAGUUCCGCCAGGAAGAAGACAGACUCUAUGAGUCAGAGAAGGAGCAGGAGUUGAAGCAGAUACAACAGUUCUGGAAGGGUCCUGGCACCGCGCUCCGCUUCAAGUUCUUUUGGAACAACGUGGUUUGGCGCAGGGACGAGGUCCAAGAGCUGUCGUCAGAGGCAGGGAUUUGGAUCCCUGUGAAAGUGAGUCGCGACCUGUUGCUCCGUGAACCUGAUUCCUCCUUCGAGGAUCCGCUUUGGGUGCAGUAUGCUGACAGGGCUGGCGGAGAGCUGAGGGAGCUCAGCGAGAGGUUUGGCCUUUCCGCCUGA